GAAAGAGAGAGAUGGAGAGGAGAGGAGGGGAGGGGGGGCUUCCGGAAUUGUACACUAGUCUACUUGACGAGAAAAGAAGGAAGAUACACUGGGUUGGAUUCAGCCUCUUCCUCCCAAGUGCUCGGGGCUAAAAGAAAGGAGAAAGACCGCGGGGAGGGAAGGGAAAGUGAUGCGCCUCUGCCGGAGCAUCCAUUUCACGGCGCGGAGCGUCUGAACGCGGACGGGGACGGUGCGCAGUUGUCUGCGAAACGCGGCGCUUCUCUCUCCUCCUCCGGAGUCAGUUUCCUAGAGCGGCUGGCGGGAGGAAAGACACUUCCCCCUCCUCCUCCCUCAUCCUCCUCCUCAUCCUCCGCCUCGUCCUCCUCCCCUGCGUUUGCCGACGCGCACCGUAUUUCAUAACAAGCCUGUUUGCUCGCAGCGAAAAACCCGGGUCGACCGCAGUCGCUCGCAAUCUUGGCAUCUUUGUUUUGCGGAGUGGAAUUUGCGGUGCGCACCUCGAGGCGCAAACGCACGAGGGAGGGAGGGUGGGGGGGAAUACAGGACGGUUCAAGUUUUCCUGGAAGUUGCGCAGUGAAAGGAAAAAGAAAACAACAACAUGGGAAUUUGUGGCCAUUUGGCGGCGCCGGGGAAAAGCCUGCUCCUCCUCGGACUUAAAUUGUUAUUCCUUGUACCUGCAGGAGUUCCGGCGCGCAGCGGGGAUUCGGUAUUAAAGGACAACAUAACCGUCAGACAGGGGGACAGCGCCGUCUUAAAAUGCAACGUGGACAACAAAGUAUCACGAGUGGCGUGGCUCAAUCGCACCACCAUUCUAUUCGCAGGAAGUGAGAAGUGGUCUCUUGAUCCCCGCGUCAUCCUGAUGGAAAACACAGCCGUCACAGAGUACAGCAUCAAAAUCCAAAAUGUUGACGUCCACGACGAGGGGCCUUACGUCUGCUCCAUUCUCACUAACAAGAAACCAAAAUCCACAAAAGUGCAUCUCAUCGUCCAAGUACCCGCCAGGAUCACCAACAUAUCAAAGGACAUCACAGUGAACGAGGGCAGCAACAUUAAUCUCAUGUGUCUGGCGGUGGGUCGACCCGAGGCCACCAUCGUAUGGAAGCACCACUCACCGAGAGGCACCCACAAAUUUGUGACGGAGGGGGAAAAUCUGGAGCUGACAAGCGUCACCAAAGAGCAGUCAGGGUCGUACGAGUGCAUCGCUUCGAAUGAAAUCUCGAGCCCCGACGUCAGGACAGUGCAAGUCACCGUCAACUAUCCGCCCUUCAUUUCCAAGGCGCGGAGUACGGGUACUCCGGUCGGACAGAGAGGAACGCUGCAGUGCGAAGCCUCUGCGGUCCCGCGGGCGGAUUUUGAGUGGUACAAAGAAGACCGCAGGCUCUUCAAUGGACUAAACGGGGUCAAGAUCGAGAAUCAAGGUAGACAGUCCAUGCUCGUCUUCUUCAACGUCUCGGAAGAAGAUUAUGGCAACUACACUUGUGUCGCCAUCAACACCAUGGGAAUCACUAACGCCAGCAUAAUCCUUUAUGGUCCCGGCGCGAUCCACGACGUGAACGGCGCCGCCGUGUUGCCCCGCCGCUGCGUCCGCCUGCUGCUGACCGCGACCUUACUCCACCUGCUGAAGUUCUGAUGCGACACGCGCGACGACCGUCGAGCUCCUCUCGGCAGCGAGAACAGACUAUUAGUCCUAUUAGAAGAAUGGAAAUCCAAGAGCACCACUGGUUCACCUUUAGUUAUCUGGAUUUGUUUGUUUUUUUCUUUUCUUUCCGGCUUUGCAACAGAGUCUGUUCACUGUCGGCUCGCCUCCACGGAAGAAUUGAAUCAUGCACUAAUUUGACGAUGGUAGAACUUCUGAGUUUGUGUUCCCCCCCCCAAAACCGUUUUGUAUGUGGAAAGGGAAAAAAAAAAAAGAUAAAAAAAUAAAUGUAACUGUUAAUAGUUGACUGUUUAUUGCCCAAUAUUGAAGUGAACAUUCGGAUUAUUAUUAUUGUGUCACGUCCUGUUCAAUAUUUGUACUAUACCAUUAAGCUUUUUUUUUAAGUAAAUGACAAAAAAAAGGGAAAAAAUGCAACGUGAUUGUUGAAUUUUACUGUAUUUUUACAGUUGUAUGCAAAACAGGAUAAUAUGUCAUCCAUGAUAAACCGUUGAUUUCUCAGGCAAAGGUCUAUCAUCGUGAAUCCUAUUUUUUAUUUCUGUUGUAGUAUGUGUUGAAAAUGUACAAAUGUGUACAGACAAUUCCUGCACUGUUGUUGUUUUUUUUGUUUUUGUUUUAAAUUAAUUUGAAUCAAAAUGCAUACUCUUGUCAAACGGCAUUUCCUGAAACACCUAAUCCCAGUGUCAUAGCAGCUUCAUGGUGUAUUCAUGCUGAAAAUCUGCAGCAGGAUUUUCAGUCUCCAAACAUUGAACACUUUCAUGAUGUGUCAGUUAGGACCACGAGCCACUUCCAGUCUCUCCAGCGACAUACUGAUUAAUAAAAAAUAAAACUGUUAAUCUACAGCAAGUGUGGAUGGCAUCAGUAAAGUGUCAUGCAAGUGGAUGGUCUAAUUAGCAGCUUGAAACUGAACUGAAUCGUGGGAAAGAGUUACGGUUAGCAACAUUAUAUAGUUUUAUCGUAUAUGCUAUAAUUUACUCAGUACGUUGUCAAGUUACCUAUAGAAACCUGCAAAAAUACCUUCAUAUUUAACAAAGCAGCCUUUUACAGUAAGUUUUCUCAGGCAGCCACGGUGGUCCUCAAGUUUUCCUGGAUGAAGUCAGUGGAAUUUUAUGCAAUUGAGGCGUGUUGGGAUUUACAGAGGCAAACAGGUUGCGGCUCAUCAUAGAUCACGUUUGGGUUGAUUUUAUUAUGAAUGAAAUAAUAAAUAUGAAUUUAAUUUGUUCAUAAUAUCUCUUAAAAUCAUUGGAUUUGCUUUGAAUUAUUCACAACCGAUCAAUAGGAACUUGCAAGCUUAUAAACUAAUAACUAUACAAUAAUAAAUAUGAUUUCCCCCCCCCAGGCAGUCAUUUGUUUUUAUUGACAGCAGUAUGGUUGUUCUUUUUUGUAAAUCUAAAUAAUAAUAAUUAUAAUCGCUAACUUGUCUGGUUAUGCAAACGGCAGUGUUCACUGCUCCACCACUACCACGCCACAAUAACAUAACUCUGGCAGGAGUAAACGUUACGCUCAUAGUGAUGGAUUACUAAUAACGUACUGUAAAUCGACUGAUGAAAUGCAUUAAGAAAAUCUGUAUAUUUCUUUCAUUAUUUCCUUCACAAAUUAAUUAUGAAAUUGAAUGUUAAGAUUAGGUUUUACACUCAAACCCGUUCUGUCUCUUCGCCACACAAAAAAGGUGGUUAACCAUAUUUAUCACCCGGGUAUAUUAAAUAUUUUAAUUUUCCUGUGAAGUAGUGGAGUUGCUCCAUUCAGAACCUCUUCAGCGAAAAUGCGCCUGUGGAGGUCGGGGAGUUUUGGACAAUUUCUAAUCUUAAUUAAAAAAAAAUUAAAAACGGUGCACAGCUCCAGCCAAGCCACAGAUGACACGAGCAGGAAUAUUUCACGAAUGACAGCAAAGUCAACAGGAAUGAAUGUUCCGUGUAGCUGCUAUGAAGCUUUUCUUUUAUGUUUCUUUUUUCUUCUUCUUCAAGUGUAAGGAAUGUGUGCUUUCAAUCUGGUUUGCCCCGAGAUAAAUGGCAGACGCUGUUCUCGAGACCGCAGGAGUGACUGUUGUGUUCUGCGGGUCAGUGGAUGCAAUUUCCACAAAUGUUUUUUUUUCCCAGUCCGCCUUGCACAGAGAUUCUUCCAGUGACCAGAAUAUUCAGUACUUACAGCACAAGUGAUUGAUAAUGUGAUGUUCUGCUAAUUGUUAAGUUCACGCCUGUGCAUACGUGUGAGUGAAGAAGUGUGUUGAAGACAAAAACAACGGGGGGUGAGGUCGAUGUACGUGGGAAUGCUUUUGUUGUACUCACAUGUGAAGUUAUGUGCUUGUGAUUGAUGGUUGAACCAGUCGGCUGCGGACUACUGUAUGUCACGGGCUGACAGGGGAGGUUCAGGUGCCUGCAAACGAUAAAGUGAAGGGGUUACUGUAAUGCUUUCCAUUCCAGAUAGAUGAAACAUGAUAAAUAUUGAUGUCAAUACGCUUGAAUCAAUUUGUUUAAAAUCCCAAUUAAAACAGAGCUGAUACUGGAAUUCACUUUAAGGCGUAUAUUUUUGCGUAUAAAAGCAACUGCGUUGUUGACAUGGUGACACACUGUUUUUAUUGGUUCAAAAUGACAUUUUUUGUACUUCAAAUAGAAUGAAUGUAAAGAUGGACAGUGCAUCUCUACUUCCUCUCACUGUGCGAAAAUGCAGCAAAAAAUACUGCUGCCGUAUUGUGCUGGUGACUUCACAUGACUGCACAGGAGUGAUUGUGGAUCACGCAGCAACAAACUCAUUCGACCAAUCACGAAUCAGUUUCAGCUGUCAAUCAUCAUAUUUCACCUGUUUUAUACAUAUAUAUAUGGCAUCAAAUAACUUAUUAAAACCAAACUUGGACAUAUAUCAGUGUGAUCAGAACUACCUACCAUGACCUUUGCUUCAUGUUUAGGGAGCGGCCAUGUCGUCCAUCUUUACAUACAGUCUAUGACUCCACAUUAUCUAUCAACCCCUUCAACUCCCCGGGCAUUUGAAAGUUUGCAAUAUUUCAGAAUUCAUUUGACUUUGAGUUCGCAAACAAAGACUUCCAUCGAUGACUGCUUCGUUGACCUGUUUUACAUAUUUUUACGACUUUACUGGAGGUUCGGCACACGAUAGUCAACUGUGCGGUAUAUAAUCACUGUAUCAUUUGAUGGAGAGAGAUUGCCCAUAAACUGCUUACAUGUGAAUUUAAGUUGCAAAUCAUUUGUUUUGACUAUGACCCAAUACAUAUGGUCUCUCA